AUGCUGUCAUCUUGGAGGAAGACUAGAGAAGACCAACAUGUAAAAGAAAGGACCGCAGUUGUGUAUGCAGACACCAUGAUUUCCUUUUCUCUCACCACUGCCAUGUAUCUUGUUACCUUUGGGAUUGGUGCCAGUCCCUUUACGAACAUCGAAGCUGCAAGGAUAUUUUGCCGCAAUUCAUGUAUAGCAAUCUUCUUUAACUACCUCUACAUACUAUCAUUCUAUGGCUCUAGCCUUGUGUUUACUGGGUACAUUGAAAACAAUUACCAGCAUAGUAUUUUUUGCAGGAAGGUGCCAAAGCCUGAAAUUCUACAGGUCAAAUCGUUGUGGUACAGGUUUCUUAUGACUGCAAGAUUUAGUGAAGACACAACAGACUCCGAAGAAACAAACUCUUAUGAAAGUCACCUUUUGGUUUGCUUCCUUAGACGAUAUUACUGUGACUGGAUAACAAAUACAUAUGUAAAACCUUUUGUAGUUCUCUUUUACCUUGUUUAUAUUUCCUUUGCCUUAAUGGGCUACCUGCAGGUCAAUGAAGGGUCUGACCUGAGUAACAUAGUUGCAACAGAGACACGAACCAUAACAUACACCGCAAUCCAGCAAAAGUAUUUCAGUAACUACAGCCCAGUCAUUGGCUUUUACAUCUAUGAAUCUAUAGAAUACUGGAAUACAAGUGUCCAGGAGGAUGUUCUGGAAUACACAAAAGGAUUUGUAAGAAUAUCAUGGUUUGAGAGCUACUUAAACUAUCUCAGAAAACUUAAUAUAUCUACUGGAUUACCCAAAAAGAACUUCACUGACAUACUGAGAUACUCUUUUCUGAAAAACCCACGAUAUGCAUAUUUUUCUGAAGACAUCAUCAUACCCAAGAAAUACAACAAUGAAGUAGAUGUUGUGGCCUCUAGGAUGUUUCUGAUUGCAAAGACCAUGGAAACAAACAGGGAAGAACUCUAUGAUCUUCUUGAAACUUUAAGGAAACUUUCUCUUACGUCCAAAGUAAAAUUCAUUGUCUUCAACCCAUCCUUUGUCUACAUGGACCGAUAUGCUUCUUCAAUUGGAGCUCCAUUACAAAACUCCUGCAUAAGUGCUUUUGUUCCUGCUGUUUUUUUUUCAUCAUUUCUUGUUGCCAGCUCUAUCAUCAAUAUUUGGAUAACACUAACCGUGGCCUCUGUAGAGUUUGGAGUAAUUGGUUUCAUGACAUUAUGGAAAGUCGAGUUGGACUGUAUAUCUGUACUUUGCCUAAUCUAUGGGAUUAACUACACCAUAGACAACUGUGCACCACUAAUAUCAACAUUUAUCCUGGGUAAAGAAUUUACUAGGACUAAGUGGGUGAAAAAUUCAUUAGAAUUGCAUGGGGUAGCCAUUUUACAGAGCUACCUCUGUUACACUGUUGGUCUGAUCCCUCUCGCAGCUGUGCCUUCAAAUCUGACCCGUACACUGUUCAGGUGCUUGUUUUUGAUAGCAUUUGUCACAUUCUUUCACUGCUUUGCAAUUUUGCCAGUUAUGCUGACUUUUGUUCCACCCUCAAAGAAGAAGAGGAAAGAAAAGAAAACCCAGGAAAACCGUGAAGAGAUAGAAUGUGUUGAAAUGGUGGACCUGGACAGCACUAGAGUGGUUGACCAAAUUACAACUGUUUGA